CUAGCUACAGCAGGAAACUUCUUGGCAUUAGGCGACCCAAGUCCCAACCUCGCCGCCUGCGGCACCUCCCUCGGCGGCGGCGGCCGUGCCGCCGCACCUCCAUCCCUGACCGAACGCAUGAUACCCUCUUUUCCAGGUCAGUCCCCGUCGCGGUCGCGGUCGCGGCCGCCUCCGCUUCGAUCCGCUCUCCAAGUUAGCCGGCAUCGAGAGCCAAGGAACACUGAUCCAAAUGAGCAAGUGGCGGAGGUACCUGUACCUGCUGUUGGAUCAUUCCAACAAGAGAAACUACCCUAUGCGCCGGAUCGACGCGUCAGCUCUCUUCUACCCCGUAAAUGAAAAGAUCACUCAUCCUCCAGAAAUUGAGGACGCUCGGCUGCCUGCACCGUUCAUCUCUUUCACCGCUUCACCCACCGCCGACUAUGGCAGUCGGGUCCUGGACUUCUUCACCUUGCUUGGCCGGGGCGAGAAGAAGAGCCUCAUCGCCGGCGCCGAUGAGAAUGGCUUCACAGUCAUGUACGACCUCGACCAGCGAACCGUCCACAACCCGCUCCUCCUUAACGAGCCGAAGGACAUCGACGCGGUCUCCCUCGCCGUCGGCGACUCUGUAACACUAAGUGUUAAUUCUAUGUAAUUAAACUAAUCACGGUCAUUAGUUUAAAUUCACGCGA